GCUGAGGCCAAGGCAGGGACAGAGUCAGAGCUGUGCCAGGAUGUUGGGCUGGAUCCAGAAGGUGCUGCCUCAGCCCCCAGCGACCCCUCAGAAGACCAAGAUGGAGCAGGAGGAGGGGGGAGACCCACAGUCAGAGCUGGAGCUAGAGACGGGGCUAGAACCAGAGCCGGAGCCUGAAACGGCCCCUGAGGAGGCUGAGCUAGGGGAUGAGUCUCUGGCACCUGAGGAGCCAUCCAAGGGGCAGGAAGUGGCUGUGGCAGACCCUAGCCCUCAGGAAACCCAGGAGGCUGCCCCUGCUCUGCCCACGUCCCUCCAGGGCCAGGUUGCUGUGGUUGCCGAAGUGAACAGUCCCAGCGGCAGGGUGCUGACCUGGCUCAGGAAGGGCGUGGAGAAGGUGGUCCCGCAGCCAGUCAACAGUGGCGGGCCAGCCCAGAACACUGCUGCUGGCGUGGAGGGCCCGACUCAGGUGGGAGCACAGAUCCUGGGGCACUGCAGCGCUGGGGGCUCAGAUGGACCCAAUGAAGCCCCCAGGGCCCAGGAAACCGGGCCCAGGCCCUGGCUGCUCAGGUGGUUCGAGCAGAAUCUGGACAGAGUACUGCCUCAGCCCCCGAAAACCUCCGAGGGCUGGAGAGAUGAGCCUGCGGAUGCCGCCUUGGGCCCAGAGCCCCCAGGACCACCCUUGGAAACGGAGCCCAGGCUGCAGGCCCUGGAGAUCCCCUCCCUGCCCGCUCCUGGCCCCCAGCAGCCUGAGGAGGAGCCGACUCCAGAGCCCCAGCCCGGCCUCCAGGCCUCCUCCCUGUCGCCCCCUGGGGACUCUGCCAGGUUGGUGCUGUGGCUCCUGCACAGGCUGGAGAAGGCGCUGCCUCAGCCAGUGCUCCACGCGAAGGCUGGGGAGCAGGAGCCUGACUGCCCUGUGACGUGUGACGUGCAGACCAUCAGCAUCCUCCCCAGAGAGCGAGAGGAGGCGGAUCUCGUCCUAGAAGAGGUUGAUCCUCACUGGGAGGAGGACGAGCAUCAGGACGGCAGCACCAGCUCGCAGGGCUCAGAGGAAGCUCCAGCUUAUGAAGAGGAGAAUGAGGCCGUGGAGGAGUUGCCCAGUAUCCUGUUGGAUAGCUAUCUGGCGGCACAGGGUGGCGAGGACCCAAGCAGAGUAGACGGGACCGAGCACCAGAGGGCCUCACCCCAGGACCCGCAGGAGGAGGCUGUGGCCACCCACUCAGGAGUGCCUGCCACAGAAGAGCACCCAGAAGUGCAGGUGGAAGAUGCUGAUGCUGACAGCCACCCCCUCACCGUGGAGGAGAGUCCACCCUCGCCUGUGCUGCCACCACCUUCUCCUGCCAAGUCUGACACACUCACAGUCCCAGGCUCCGCCGCAGGCAACCACAGGAAGAGGCUGCCCUCCCAAGAUGAUGAGGCCGAGGAGCUCAAGGUGCUGUUGCCAGCUGAGUCCCCCAUGGUUGCCUGGUCGGACCCCCCUACCCCACAGGGCACUGAUGACCAGGACCGCGCGGCCUCCACCGCCAGCCAGAACAGCGCCAUCAUCAACGACCGGCUGCAGGAGCUGGUGAAGCUUUUCAAGGAGCGGACAGAGAAGGUGAAGGAAAAACUCAUCGACCCCGACAUCACCUCUGAUGAGGAGAGCCCCAAGCCCUCCCCAGCCAAGAAAGCCCCAGAGCCAGCCCCUGACACGAAGCCGGCUGAGGUGGGGCAGGAGGAGGAGGGGCACUACUGCGACAUGCUCUGCUGCAAGUUCAAACGCCGCCCAUGGAAGAAGUACCAGUUUCCCCAGAGCAUCGACCCGCUGACCAACCUGAUGUACAUCCUGUGGCUGUUCUUCGUGGUGCUGGCCUGGAAUUGGAACUGCUGGCUGAUUCCCGUGCGCUGGGCCUUCCCCUACCAGACCCCGGACAACAUCCACCUCUGGCUGCUGAUGGAUUACCUGUGCGACCUCAUCUAUCUCCUGGACAUCACCGUGUUCCAGCUGCGCCUGCAGUUUGUCAGAGGAGGGGACAUCAUUACGGACAAAAAGGAGAUGCGGGAUAACUACCUGAAGUCUCGCCGCUUUAAGAUGGACGUGCUCUGCCUCCUGCCCCUGGACUUGCUCUACUUGAAAUUCGGAGUGAACCCCCUCCUGCGUUUGCCCCGCUGCUUGAAAUACAUGGCCUUCUUCGAGUUUAACAACCGCCUGGAAUCCAUCCUCAGCAAAGCCUACGUUUACAGGGUCAUCAGGACCACGGCCUACCUGCUCUACAGCUUGCACGUGAACUCGUGUCUGUAUUACUGGGCAUCAGCCUAUCAGGGCAUCGGCUCCACUCACUGGGUUUAUGAUGGCGUGGGAAACAGUUACAUUCGCUGCUACUACUGGGCUGUGAAGACUCUCAUCACCAUUGGCGGGCUGCCCGACCCCCAGACGCUCUUUGAAAUUGUCUUCCAGCUGCUGAACUAUUUCACGGGCGUCUUCGCUUUCUCCGUGAUGAUCGGACAGAUGAGAGACGUGGUGGGGGCUGCCACGGCGGGGCAGACCUACUACCGCAGCUGCAUGGACAGCACGGUGAAGUACAUGAACUUCUACAAGAUCCCCCGGGCCGUGCAGAGCCGCGUCAAGACCUGGUACGAGUACACCUGGCACUCCCAAGGCAUGCUGGACGAGUCAGAGCUGAUGGUGCAGCUUCCGGACAAGAUGCGGCUGGACCUGGCCAUCGACGUGAACUACAACAUCGUCAGCAAAGUGGCACUCUUCCAGGGCUGUGACCGACAGAUGAUCUUCGACAUGCUGAAGAGGCUUCGCUCCGUCGUCUACCUGCCCAACGACUACGUGUGCAAGAAGGGGGAGAUAGGCCGAGAGAUGUACAUCAUCCAGGCAGGGCAGGUGCAGGUCCUGGGUGGUCCCGACGGGAAGUCUGUGCUGGUGACGCUGAGAGCUGGAUCUGUGUUUGGCGAAAUAAGCUUGCUGGCUGUCGGGGGUGGGAAUCGGCGCACGGCCAACGUGGUGGCCCACGGGUUCACCAACCUCUUCAUUCUGGAUAAGAAGGACCUCAAUGAGAUCUUGGUGCAUUAUCCCGAGUCCCAGAAGUUGCUCCGGAAGAAGGCCAGGCGCAUGCUGAGAAAUAACAACAAGCCCAAGGAGCAGAAGAGCGUGCUCAUCCUUCCUCCCCGGGCGGGCACCCCCAAGCUCUUCAAUGCCGCCCUGGCUGCAGCGGGAAAGUUGGGCGCCAAGGGGGCAAAAGGCGGCAAGCUGGCCCACCUCCGGGCCCAACUCAAAGAACUGGCUGCGCUGGAGGCGGCUGCGAGGCAGCAGCAGCUGUUGGAACAGGCCAAGAGAUCGGGAGACGCCGCGGGAGAGGCGGGCUCGGCCGCGCAGGUGCAACCCUCGGCCCCGGCGGAGGCCGCCCCGGAGCAGCCCGCGGCCCCGGAGCGCCCGGCCGCGCGCUCUCCGCCACCUGCCUCCCCUGCGAGACUCGAGGGAGGCGAGGAGGGGGCGGCCGAGCCCGAGGAGCACUCGGUGCGGAUCCGCAUGAGCCCGGGCCCGGACCCCGGCGAACAGAUCUUGUCGGUGGAGAUGCCCGAGGAGAAGGAGGAGACGGAGUGAGGCGGCC